AUGUCUACGCCUCCAGCAACUGAAGCUGAAGCAGCAUCAACCACUAGCAGCAACUCACAGUCUGCUCCCUCAUCACCAGCAACAACAUCACUUAGCUCAUCGGGUGGUAACCGUGCGAAGCUUCAAUGGACAAAGUCGACAAAGGAGAUGAAGCUGCCAACAACGGAGCGUGUCAUCUCCAGUGUCAAGUAUCCUGCUGCAGAGCCACUUGCACAUAACAUCCUCUUCAACGCCGACAAGACUGUCAACCUGGUCAAAUUGCAGGAGCACUUCUUCAACGAGGGACGUCUCUUCCAUGAUGAUGUCAAGGAGAUUGUAGAGCGUGCCGCUGGCAUCCUCGAGCGUGAGCCCACCCUUGUCUGUGUGGAUGCUCCAGUAACAGUAUGUGGAGACACUCAUGGACAGUUCUAUGACUUGAUAAAGAUCUUUGAGAACGACAUUGGUGGAAGCCCAGCCAGUACCAACUAUCUCUUCCUUGGAGACUAUGUUGAUCGUGGAUACUUCUCGAUGGAGGUGAUUCUCUACCUCUACUCUUGUAAGAUCAACUAUCCCAAGACAUUCACCCUGCUGAGAGGUAACCAUGAAUGUCGUCAUCUUACCGACUACUUUACUUUCAAAGAAGAGUGUCUUCACAAGUACAACGAGGAGAUAUAUGACUUUAUAACCGAGUCAUUCAAUGCACUGCCAUUGGCAGCGCUUGUCAAUGGCAAAUUCCUCUGUGUUCAUGGAGGUCUUUCUCCCGAUAUCAAGAAUCUCGAUGACAUUGCCAACAUUGAUCGUUUCAAAGAGCCACCUUCAUCAGGACCCAUGUGCGAUUUGCUAUGGGCUGAUCCAAUGGAGGAGUUCUCGCCAGACAUUAGGGAGCACUUUGUUCCCAAUGAGGUCAGAGGCUGUUCCUACUCAUUCAGCUACCGAGCGGCAUGUACUUUCUUGCAGAACAACAAGUUGCUCUCAGUGAUCAGAGCUCACGAAGCACAGAAUGCAGGAUACAAGAUGCAUUUGCAGAAUGACGCCACUGGAUUCCCAUCAGUGAUCACAUUGUUCUCUGCUCCAAACUACUUGGAUGCCUACAAUAACAAGGGUGCUGUUUUAAGAUAUGAGAACAAUGUCAUGAACAUUAGACAGUUUAACUGCUCGCCUCAUCCUUAUUGGCUGCCAAACUUUAUGGAUGUGUUCUCUUGGUCCAUGCCUUUCGUCGCCGAAAAGACUGCAGAGAUGCUGUUGGUGUUGCUCAAUCUAUGCGACGAUGAGGAGGCCGAGAAGUUGGAGCACUCCGGUGACUCAGAGGAGGAAAAGAGAAGACAGAUGCUACGUGCCAAGGUCAAGUCUGUCUCCAAGAUCAUGAGAAUGUUCUCCAUCCUUAGACAGGAGCGUGAGACCAUCAUGAUGAUCAAGAGCUUCACGCCAUCAAGGAAGAUCCCUCAAGGACUGUUGUCAGAGGGCAGUGAGGCACUCAAGAAGGCAUUGGGUGACUUUGCCAGGGCACGCAAGAUGGAUCUGGUAAACGAGCGUCGUCCGCCUGCCAUUGACCGUGUCAACAGUCGAGGCGAAUUGCUCCGUAUGAACAGUCGUGGCGAGUUGUUCCGUAUCAACAGUCGUGGCGAGCUCUUUAGGAGCAACUCGUACGCAGACCUGAAGCCACCCACUGGCCCACAGGAGACUAUCCAGAUCACUGAGGCACCAAAGUAA